UGGCGCCGUCAGCAGAGAAGUUUUUCGCUGCAAUCCGCGCGAGUCAUCGUCGUCAUUCUCGUUUUGCGAAUGGUGCUCGUGCAGUGAAGAUUUUGUCGCGUUUUUUCUCAGCAAUCUCAGCGCCAACAUCUGGAAUAAUACGUGGAGCUGAAUCCGGACGAAACGCGUUCCUGGAAAAUAAUAAUCGAAAUGUGUGAUCGCUAGUGAUUACGUGCCGCGUUACGGUGGCUUCAAUUUCGUCAUUCCGGAUUUUACUGUCCAUCGCAGAGCAAAAGAAAGAUGGUCGACGAAAAUUAAAACGCAUAUUCGCCUACCUACCGUGUCAUCGCGAACCGUAGUUCUUAUAUUUUUUUAUGAAUGCCGUGACUCCGCGUUUGCAGUUCAUUCAAGGAGAUAUUUUCCUUUGAUUUAGGUGCGGAAGUGCACCGAAAUAGGUAUGAGUCACUAGGAAAACCAGCUGAAAUAAUUUGGUAUGCACCAGAUAAAACGUCCUGUGUUUUAAUUAAUGCUUAAUUUGGUGACGGACAAUACUAGAACAUAGUUGAAAUAUCAAAACUAGGUUAAAUAGGCAUAAGGAAAAGGAAAGAAAUUAAUCCUUUUCGUCCUUCAAAAGUUUCAAGGAGCUGCUAAACUCAUGGCCAAUUAAAAAUUUUACUCGUGUCACUUUUCCUUCGCUGAAAAAUUGCUCGUGGCUCUGUGUGUGAGAGUGAAGUGUGAAACUAUAGUGGGCAAAAAGAAGAGAAGAAAAGUUUCGCAAUAAAGAAACAACAAAAUACACCUCUAACGAGGAAAAGCCACGAGCAGAAGAAAAGCGUGCGGUUCGCCGUCGCGUUCAAUAGCGCGGCGACAGAAAUAAUCUGCUCCACGGAAGUAAGGUCAUCUGACCCUCUGUUGUGUACCGGUUUUUGAGGCGCAGUGUGAGAGUGUGAGACCGAUUGACUGGCUCAUCAAAAUGUGGAACCCGUCGUACGAAAUUGUCGUGGAAACACUGACCGGAUCGGAGUUCGAAGUCACCGUUAGUGAUCGGGACACCGUUGGAUACAUCAAGUCCAAAAUACAGAAAUAUGAAGGGAUUCCGGUUAAUCAACAGCAUCUGCUGUACAAUCACAAAGAAUUGAACGAUGCGACGGAAAUGAAGGAUAUCCCGCUGGUGAAUGGCUCCCGGUUGAAGCUGGUACUGGGGAUGAAAGGGGGACCUAUUUCUUCCAAGCGCGUUGUAACCAUUUCCGACUAUGAAAAUUGGUUCGACAUGAGUGACAUGCUAUCCAGGCAAGACGCAGCUAAUUUCAAAACACCCGGGUUGAAACUGCUGGUGAACAGAAAAAACAUCCAUCGCCUGAUGAAGGUACGUGCGGAGAAAGUUUCCGAUAACAUCAAAAUAUCACGCGUUGUAGGCCAUCAAACCGAUGGUGACAUCGAUAGCGAGGAAUUAGAACGGGAAACUCAGAAGGAACGAGAUGAUAAAAUAACUGCGGAGAAACUAACCCAAAUCAAGACCAAGCUGAACAUGAAAAAGAUGAAACAUGCCAAUGCGCCUAUCGUUGCUCAACUAGAAAAGGAUGUUAUCCUCAAAGAGGAGAGAACACCCAUCACUCGUCCCACCUUUUCGGCUGGUCCGAUAGGUUCGGCCGUUCCCCACCACCCGAGACCCAUGUCGCAGGCUACCAAUCAUGCACAAUCUAGACGAGACCCGUUUUUGCCGCAUAUCACGUCCUAUCAGAAUUUUCAUACGGCUCUCUCUCGCCAGGCGGAGCUGGACCGCCAUUCACAGAUCCGUGAGAAUCUCCAGCGUAAUCGUUCCUUCAAAACCAUCAGUGCUAAAAAUCUAGACGUAUCCGCCCAUGAUAUGACUGUCCACGAUUCGAGCAGGCUCGAACGUUCAUUGUCGUUUCACUCCAACGGAAUUCUUAACCGAACAGAUUCAGACCCCACCGGGAGCAGCCGUAGCGCCUACAAUAAUAGCCAAUCCCAACACCAACUAUCGUCUGCAUCACUCCAUGAUAUUAUCGAACUACUCAAAUAUACUCCAUCCAAGUUGCGCACUAUUUCCCACGACGCUCUGAACAAAAUGGUGUCCAAGAAAACGCACCACCACGCGUCCGCCAAGCUGCUGGACAAUAGUUCGCUGAAAAACAUCGACGAGUUUAUCCGAGACUAUGAUGUUACGAUGGCUAACCACCGAAUGAAGACAGCAACCGCGACCACCACAACGGGAGGCGGGGGAGACUGUACAAAUCUGCUAGCGGAAAGCAUGUUCAACAAGGAUACUGGCUUUGCUUCGGCUGAGCUGGCUUUCGAUAAAGCUACCAACACCGGCACACUGGACAAAACCUUUCGAACACUGUACAAGUCAACCUCGGACGACAACAGCACCUACGAGCUGCCAAAGUUGCUAAUUCGCGAGGAUUCACCGGUGGAAUCUUUUCACAGCUCCUACCCGCAGCUGGAGACCGUCGCGUUGCGUGGCGAAUCGCCGAAAAAUUUUAAUUCCAUUGCCAAGCUGCAGAAUGCCGACAGCGCCGAGCUGCCGGAGAAUGCGGCCACGUUGGCUCCCGGUAAUAUAGCGAAAACCAGUAGCAACGAAAAGACCAAACUAGCAUCCAGUUCCUUACUGCAGUUGUAUGAACACCCGCCACCGGCGGCUGCUACCGCUACUACUGCAGCGACCGCCACGAUCGGUGGCAGCAUCGGAAGUGGAGCCCCGAAUAGUGGUACCUGGGCUCCGCACUAUGGUGGCAUUGGACAUCACCAUCACCACUCAGAUCUUGGGAUCAACGAGUUGGAGCUCAAGUUCAUCAACAACGGACUGAUAGAGAAAGAAGCUAGUGAUAAUAGUGGUAGUAGCAGUAGCAAUAGUAGUACCAAUAGCAACGGUGGCGCAGGAUCUAUUUUCAGACUGCCGGCAGUUUCGAACUUAGAAAUCAAUCACUGGAAUGCCGUUUCUAAUGAUUCUGUAAAUAAUUAUGUAGGUCGGUCGGGGAUUGGCGAUAAACAGAAGGAAGAAGAGCAGGCCUCUAUUUCUAGAACAUCCAAUGGAUUCAUUCACAGUGAUUUAUCGAUUUCCUCCGACGAAGAUGAUUUGUUUAGCAUAUCGGAUCUGAUCUAUAAGAAUCAGGCCAACAAAUCCAAAUCGAUCGAUUUGAACGAAUUCCGCAAAACGUUCGGCAGCAGUCCAACACUGCUGAACAAUUUUGGAGGGACUAAUUGCAAUCUAGUGCCGCAGUUGUCCCGCUUGGAUGCGAUUCCGUCACAAUACCGACGGGGUUACACCAACCUGAACGACGCGGGCUUAUCUAGCUCAACCUCUGAGCUGGAAUGUGUAAACACCACCACCAAAAAGAAGACUGGAACCGGGGACAAUGCAGAGCUGUCGCCCUUGUUGAAGCACAGAAACAAUGACCACGUUGCGUAUGUUAGAAGUUACGAAAACCUGAAUCGAUACAAAGGGUUCUCGAUGAAGAAUGGAGACGGUAGUGAUAUUUUGAGGUGUCAACAGGGUGCAGGCCAGCUGUUGCCGGGUAUUAGUAAUUUAGAUAGUAUUGCCGAUUCCGAUUUGAACAGCAGUAAUGAGAGUGGCACAAAUUUUGUAGACGACAGUUUCACGGAUUUCGAAUACAGGUUUUCGAGGCUGAGCUGUUCCGGUGGAAACAUUCACCAAAACGGCGCUUGCAGUAGCAGUAGUAACAUUACCAAUAACACUCAAACCAGCAGCAGUCAGCACAGUGGCAGUUGCCAUAGUGGUAGUGGUAGCAGUAACCGAAUGCCAUCACUGAAUGAUCUGAAUCAUCGAAAUCGAACAUUGCACGGUUGUUCUCCUUUCAAUAACACCUCGUCGCCGUUUAACAACUCCAAUUCCGCCGCAAACUACUAUUUCCCAUCGGACGAAAGCCUUUUCAAUAUAGAUUCGUUUUUCGACGACUUUGUCGAAAUCGAUACCAGUGAUAUCUUUGAUAGCGCCGAGUAUAUAAAUAUUGGUGGAAGUAGUCGAAACGCCAACUCCUCAAAAAUGUUGCAAAAACCAAACAAUCCUAGUUUAUUGUUACCUGAUCUAAUGCAACAAGAAGAAUUACUACUUAAAACUCAGUUAAACUUUCCUGAAGCAGAUGACCUACUCACUGAUAGUGGAGCGAACCAUUUGUCCACGAUACAUCAUAUCGUCGAUGGUGGGGAUCAAACGGUUAGUACCAAACUAGAUGAUCUAGACGUUACAGAACUACCUCCGCUUAAGGUUAGAGUUGCCCCCCUAGACGGGCAACCAUCCCCGAACAGAAACGCAAAAAUUCAUCAUCCAGCCGAGCCGCUGAAGUCGAAAAAGUUGCGCUGUGCGCAGUGCAACCGCAAGUUGGGUGUCAUCAUGAUUAUGAGGUGUCAUUGUGAGAAAAUAUUCUGUGCCCAGCAUCGGUAUGCUGAGGCACAUAACUGUUCGUACGACUUCAAGCUGAACGGCAAGAAAAUUCUCGAGCGUGAAAAUCCGCUCGUAGUAGCUCAUAAAUUACCUAAAAUUUAAUCUUAGUACAGGCUUCUAAAAUUGUUUCGAUGUUUAUGUCUUCGUCGAUACGAGAAAAAAAAGCAUUUUACUAGAAAUUUCGAAGGUACACAAAGGACAGUUUCCUGAAGAAACGAAAAAUAAAAUUGAACUACUUUAGAAUUGUUUUAUAGCAUGAUUUGAAAGGAAAUGCGUUCGAUUAAGUCGAAUGUUUUGUAAAUAUAUCUAAUUUUCGUUAGCAGAUUUUGUUUCUUAUCAUAGUGACUACAUAUAUCGUGCUUUUCGAUAGAGUUUGCCGCGUGGGGCUCUAAAAAGUGGUUUAUAUUAUUAGCGGUGAAUCUUAUUCGAGUAUGAUUAUAUCUAAGGGAUCAAUCAGCAAUGUAUUAUAUUUGCAAUUAUUUUAAUAAGCUACUAUUUCGGAUUAUGUUAUUUGUUUUUUUUUUCUCUGAAAUACGUAAAAUACAUCAAAAUCGCACAUGUAUUGAAAUUAACUAUGAUAAAAAAUAUAAAUAUUCGAGCCCCACGCAGCUCACUGCAGGAUCAAAUAUUGCACCUACUUAUAGAAAUGGUUUCGCCUUAUAUCGCUAGAGUGCUAUCAACUGGAUAUAUUUUAAAGAUACAUCCUAGAGUAGAAAUAUCACUCGUUUGUACGAACUAAUUGGAUCAUAAAAUAAGACAGACGAGUAAAAAAAACAAAAAAAAUUAGCUAGAUAUUUUGUUUAAAUUUGAAUCAAACUAAUAUUUAACGUUCAAAACAAAAUCAAAGUGAUUUUCAAAUUGGUAAAGCAAAAAAUAUUUAACGAACUCACGGUAUAAAUUACUAUGAAACGAGAAAGUACAUAAUUCGAAAAUUUUCUUGGCAAAAAAAAACAAUCAAAAAAAAAAACAAACCAAAGCAUGAUUUGCAAAAUCACUGAAACAUACCUACUCACAGAAUUGGAACAAUAUGUGAACUAGUAGUCAGCUAACUUUUCGAAGCCUCCCACAACGCAAAGCAGAAGUUAUUAAACCAACUGAUCGGUAUACCGACCCACUGGAAAAAUAUAGCAGAGAGAAGAAUAUUUUUAUAUGCUCACGCUCAUUGUUUUUUUUCUCUUAAUUCAUAUUUUAAAUUGGUGGAUUUUUCUUGUAGACUCCCUAUAACCACAAUGUAACACAUAGAAACUAUACCUAUAGAAGAGUAACGUAAACAAUGAUUAUAAUACAUGUACUAGUACAGAUAGUAUAACUGGAGUUAUAAUCUUAUACGAAAAAAAACCAACAGCUACCAUUUAAUCUAUUUCAAUCGAUAUCAACGCAACUACUAGUGUCGCAUAAAUAAGGUGUAAGUUCGGAGUUAAUAGGCGUUUAUUCUUUGCAAGCAUAAUAAUUUAUUACUAUUGAAAACUGCAAAAAAAGGAAAAAAAAGUCCAAUAAAAAAAGCAGAAAAGCUCACAAGUAACAAAAGCAUUUGUAGAGCCUUAGGCGGUAGAUGAUGACGUUCUUGGAAAUCUAGCGGAGGAUGGUUUCUUCUGGUGGCGAAAAUUGUUUAGUGCAGCAUCCGAAAUCUGAAGAAAGUGCACAUCAUGCCCCGUAAGUCUCCAGACAGGCGUACGCUUACGUUCAAUAAUUAGAAUGGAAAUAUUUUAUGGAAAGUUCCAGUCCGUGAAAGUGGAAGACGCAUUCUUGAUGCAAGCAUGGACCCUAUUUCAACAAACUAUAUUCCUUGGAAACUUAUUCUUGGCACAUCAUCUACUGAGAAUCAUGUUUGAAA